CAUUUUGAUGGCAGAUUGUGAUUGUCGUUGACGCGCAGCUGUUCCGUAAAAAAAGUGCAGUGUCGGAGUGUUUUGAAAUAAAAUAGUUGGUUACUUUGUUAUUCAUAUUGUGAAACAGUGCUUUUUCAAUGAUUAUUUUUAGAAGAAAGUGCUGUUGUUAAAGUGCUAUUUCGACAAUUGUGAUUAUUGUUUUCCUAAGAGACCCAUUAUGGAUUUCAAAACAGCCGUUUUCAACGCUGCACGGGAUGGUAGUUUAACACGAUUGAGGGUUUACCUGCACAGUUGGCGGUCAGCGAGCGAGCUGAACAUGCUCGUUGGCGCCAAGGUUGGCGGCGCCACGCCCCUUGUUAUCGCCUGCAGGAACGGACACUACGACGUUGCAGAGUACCUAAUAGAGAGAUGUAAAGCUGAUAUAGAGCAGCCAGGUUCAGUGACAUUUGAUGGCGAGACUAUAGAGGGUGCGCCGCCACUGUGGUGCGCGGCAGCAGCUGGUCAUAUGCCUCUGGUGCGGCUUCUGGUGCGUGCCGGUGCUAAUGUCAAUUCCACAACUCGCACGCAUAGCACACCCCUAAGGGCAGCGUGCUUUGAUGGUCAUUAUGACAUCGUCAAGUUCCUAGUGGAGAAUGGUGCUGACAUAGAAAUAGCGAAUCGCCACGGCCACACGUGUCUGAUGAUCGCCUGCUACAAGGGACACAUCAGAAUCGCCAAGUAUUUACUCUCUCUGAAUGCGGAUGUGAACAGAAAGAGUGUGAAAGGAAAUACUGCGCUGCACGACUGCGCGGAGAGCGGCUCGUUGCAUAUACUCAAAAUGUUACUUGGACACGGAGCUACAAUGGACGUUGACUCUUAUGGUAUGACACCUUUGCUUGCCGCGUCAGUAACGGGGCACACACACAUAGUGGAACACCUGAUCAGUGCUGAGCAGGGCCUGGUCAGUCGGCAGCAGAGGAUAGAUGCCCUCGAGCUGCUCGGAGCUACAUAUGUGGAUAAGAAACGAGACAUGGUCGGAGCACUGGCGUUGUGGAAACGAGCUAUGGAUGAUAGAUUCCCAGCGGACGGUAGCGAUCCGAUACCAAAGCCGAAGGAUAUACCGCGCAUUGAAGCAUACGACUACGCAGUGGAGCCGAGCGAUGCACAGCAGCUGGAGGAGAUCCUCGCAGAUCCUGACGCUAUGAGGAUGCAGGCUUUAGUCAUUAGAGAACGAAUAUUAGGUCCGGCGCACCCCGACACAUCGUACUACGUGCGGUACCGGGGCGCGGUGUACGCGGACGCGGGCAGGUUCGCGCGCUGCCGCCAGCUGUGGCACCACGCGCUCGACAUGCAGCGCGCCGUGCUGCCGCCGCUCUCACCCCUCACGCAGUCCAGCCUCUACAGCUUCGCUGAACUAUUCUCCUACAUGCUGGCUGAGCGCGCCAGACCCCCGCUACGAGGUCGUAUAGUUCCGCCGGUGUUGUUCGAGGACAUCGAGCCGGUGUUCAAGAAGACGCUGAGUGAGAUAGAGCGCGGCAGUGCGCUGCUUCAGUCGCGGCUCAGCCUCGACCGCGAGCAGACGCUCGGCACGCUGCAGCGCGUGCUCGUCAUCUCGCUGCACCUCGCCGCUCUCUGCGCGCGUCUGCUCGACCACAAUGACUGCUCCGAACACGAUAGGAGGAACAUUGAAAAGGCUGUCUACUCACUUGUUAAGUUAGAUAUUAAGGUACGUCAAGGUCGUUCCGCGCUGCACAUAGCGUGUUCCGCGGAGGGCGCCAGGUCGCGCGGCGGCUCCGGCGCCUGGCUGCCGGCGCCCGGCGACGCUCAGCCCUGCUGCGGCGCCCUCGUCGCACUCAUGUUGCGUCUGGGCGCCGCGCCCGACGCACGUGACGCUGACGGCAACACGCCACUGCAUUUAGCCUGCAAGCUCAACCCGUGUCCAAAGGGCGUAGUACGUGCACUCCUAGCGCACGGCGCGCACAUCGACACAGUCAACUACGAAGGAGAGACGCCCGAAGAGAUCCUGAAAGCGAGUCAACAGAGUCUCUCCUCUAUAGUGAAUCCUUUACAGUACACAUCUCUGAAGUGCCUCGCCGCUCGCACAGUCAAGAACUACAAGCUGCCCUACAGACAUGUCGUCCCACAAUGCCUACACUCCACUAUCAUAACGCAUUGACAUUAAAAAAAAAACUUUAAAAAAGAACCUUGCCAUUUAAAAAUAAACUGUAAAAAAUAGGCAACCCAUCUGUAGUUGCGGAUGUCUAUGGGAAGCAUAUUUCGCUAUUUCGGCGAAUCCAGAUGACCGAAAACUCCUUUCCCUAAUAAAUUUUUUAAACUCUGUGGUUCUGUUGUCUGUCUAUGGUUUUUUGUUUAUUCCGACUGGCCAAUUGUCAAAUUAAAUACACAGCAUGUUUUUAAUUAUUAAAUAUCUUAAAUAUUGCAACUCUAGUCCUAAGCAUUAUUUUUUGACAUUUAAUUCCUCAGGGUCCAUUCAGACAGAACGGGGCAGGACAGAUUAUUUUAUCGCAAAUAAAAUUAAGCCUUAUAAGAUUGGAACAAUGUUUAAUUUUACUGCAUACGUCUUUUCUUGUCAACAGCAAGCGAGAAAAAAAUUACUUAAAUUUAGUCUAAAUUUGUGAACAGAAUACAUCAAUAACGACAUUACUAAGAAAUGAUUUCGUCCUUUUAAAUAUUUGAUAAUGUAACGAAUUGCUUCAAAUGACAGAUAAAUAUUUUUAUACGCAAAAAAUAACCGACGACCAAUGACAUUUGGAUUUGGCGCCAUAUUUGACACCUGUCAAAACUUGUCAAUUGUCAUAAGUAGUUUGCAUAGCGUAGUGUUUUUACUUACACUUCGAACUUUAUAAUUAUUUAAAAAUAUCAUUAGCUUUUCGUAACAUGCACAAAGUUACGUAGUUUCUUAAUUUCAUACAUUUGACAUUUUUAAAUCUUUGAUAUAAAAGUAUUGUUUGUUUAUUUGAAUGCAAGGUCUUUUUUAAAUAAAUAAAAUAAUUUUUGUUGAUAAAAGCUACUUAAUUUUAAAUGUCUUAAAACAGUGAAGAAGAAGAAAGAUAAAUAAAUGGCUUUUACCACAGAAUAUAUGAAUUGAAGUCAUUGGCCGUCGUAUUUUACUGCACUGAGAAUCGUUUCAACACAUAUCGUCAUCCCUCUCAUUUAUUUAGAGAAAACAGAAACGAAAAUGAAUAUAAGUUUCACCGCAGUGGAGUUCUACUUUGCAAAACAAUGUAGUCUAUUCGUAAGUUCAUAUCCUUUUUAGUGAAUUUAAUUUGACAUAUUAAUAUUGUUGCAUAAAAUAUCAAUGACUAGUCUUUGUUUUAGUGUAUUCUGGGAUUUUUUUUAUUAACAUUUACUGUCUAUGAUUUUAUAAUAAAUGUAUGACGUUGAUUUGUGUGAAUUCCGCCCGUUACACUGAUUUUUGUCUGUGAUUUUGAUGUUUUUUUUUAUGUUUUUGGAUGAUCUAUUUUCAGUCGAGCCGGGCUUGGUUGAACAAUAUCAACUGUGACUAUGUGGUUCAAGAUGAUUUGAUGUUUUUGAAGUGAUUUAUUUUUUUGAAUCGAUUUGGAUUGUAUUACUCUGAACAGACAAAAGUAAACAUUUUAAAUUCUUAAGUCCACUUUAGUCAAAUUCAUGGUAUAAUAUUAAAUGUGUUCAUAUCCAAAAUUGUAUUUCUUGAAUAUUAUAGCGUCUAAUUUUUAAUUUUAUUUUGAUAUUUUGUAUUGUAUUAUUUUAUUUUAUAAUAAUAUUAUUUCAAUGCAAUUAAUCUAACAAAUGAGGUUCCAAGAUUAAAUUUUGAUAAAAACAAAGAUUUUCUCUCCCUAUGGACUUAAUAUAAAGUUGAAAAACUCUGAAAGGAAUUUAGAAAUCACAAAACUUUAUCAAACUGUAUAAAUUUUGAGUAAAUACAAUCUAAACGAUUUGAUGCGCCAUAAUAAAAUCGAUUAAUUUUUAACGUUGUAAUUAAAUAAAUUAAAUUCUGUAAUAGUGUAAAGAGCGGAAAAACUGUCCAUACGUAUAUCAUUGUAAAAAUAUUAGUUUAUAAGUAGUUAGAUAAAUAGAAUAAUAAAGGGUUAUAUUUGAAUAAAAUGCUAUAGUUAAUUAGUAUAAAUUACAAAGUUAUUGCAUUGUACAAUGAAAUAUAAAUAAAUGUCCACUUGCAUUUCGCUAUCGGAUGUCUUGUGUAUUUUUGUCAUAGUAUAUUUUGAAUUUAGUAGCGCUGCGUGCUUAUAUAUUAGAUAUUUUUGAAAUU